AUGUUCAAAAGAGUGAUGAGCGUUGUCUUCAACGCAGAGAAAAAUGCCGCUCGUGACUACGAAAGUUGGCUGAAAACACAGCUCAUCAAGAGAAUCCAGGAGCUUGAAGCGGGCGAAAAUGCGCCAAAGGACGAAGACCCACAAGCGGCCAAAGAACCAUCCAAGGAGCCACAACCAAAGACCAAGCCGGGCAAGACGGCAGCCGCUGGACAGAAAAAAAGAAAGUUCGACUUCAGCAAACACAACACGCGGUUUGUGGCCUUCCGCUUUGCCUACAUGGGCUGGAACUACAAUGGGCUCAACUUCCAGAACGAACCUACACCUCUCCCCACGGUGGAAGAAGAAAUUCUCCAGGCCAUGACCAAGGCAAAACUUGUACCUGAGGCCGACCCAGCAUCGUGCAACUUCAGCAGAUGCGGACGCACAGACAAGGGAGUCAGUGCGUUGAACCAGGUGAUUUCGCUAGAUGUGCGCUCGGCUUUGCUGAAGGAAGAACACGCAGACAAGGAAAAGGACGUGAAGGAGUUGCCAUACUUGACGAUUCUAAAUGCGCUUUUACCUCCAGACAUUCGUAUCACCGCUGUGUGUUUGCGUCCGCCGCCCAACUUCAAUGCCCGUUUCUCGUGCAAGUACAGACACUACAAGUACCUUUUCAAGAAGACGGACUUGGAUGUUGACCUCAUGCAAGAGGCGGCGCUUAAGUACGAGGGCCCCCAUGACUUCCGCAAUUUUUGCAAGAUCGACGGCUCAAAGCAAAUCACCAACCACUGUCGAGAAGUGUAUUCCGCCAGAAUAGAGCACUUCAAAGACGACUUCUACGUCUUUGACUUGAAGGGCACAGCGUUCCUUUGGCACCAGGUGCGCUGCAUGGUGGCGGUGUUGUUUCUGGUGGGCCAGAAAUUGGAGCUGCCGUCGAUAGUCGACGAUUUGCUCAAUGUGAGCAAGUUUCCCAGCAAGCCCAUCUACGAAAUGGCAAACGACGUUCCCUUGGUGCUAUACGAUUGUGUUUUCCCAGAAAUGGAGUGGCUCACGUCCGCAAAUGAUUUCAAUGGCACACAGCGGCCGAAACUUGCCAAAGAGCAUGGCCGUUUCAACUCAUUGUUCCUAGAGUACCAGCUUAAAGCUAAUAUUGCCAGCAUGGUGCACUCUGUUUUCAUGCCCGAAGAAAUUAAAGACAACCUUCUUCAAGGUGCCGGCUACAUCAAUCUCGGCGACGGCAGAGGCAGAAACUUCAAGAAGUACGUGCCUAUUGCCGAAAGGGAAAUGGGUGAAACUGUUGAAGCUGUAAAUGCUCGGCACCGCGAGAAGAAGAAGAGGAAGAUGGACAACAAGGCUGAACAAUGA